AUGGCAUAUUCCCCUAAGUCCAGCAAGCCCAUGGCAUAUUUCCCUAAGUCCAGCAAGCCCAUGGCAUAUUCCCCUAAGUCCAGCAAGCCCUUGGCUUAUUUCCCUAAGUCCAGCAAGUCCAUGGCAUAUUCCCCUAAGUCCAGCAAGUCCAUGGCAUAUUCCCCUAAGUUCAGCAAGCCCUUGGCUUAUUUCCCUAAGUCCAGCAAGCCCUUGGCAUAUUCCCCUAAGUCCAGCAAGCCCUUGGCUUAUUUCCCUAAGUCCAGCAAGCCCUUGGCUUAUUUCCCUAAGUCCAGCAAGCCCUUGGCUUAUUUCCCUAAGUCCAGCAAGCCCUUGGCAUAUUCCCCUAAGUCCAGCAAGCCCAUGGCAUAUUCCCCUAAGUCCAGCAAGCCCAUGGCAUAUUUCCCUAAGUCCAGCAAGUCCAUGGCAUAUUCCCCUAAGUCCAUAGGCUCCAGACCAUUUUAUGCACGAGAAACUCAGUCAUUACCCAUCAUACGCUUCUGCUCAAUGGCUUCGGUCAAUGGAUUCAAUUAUCUGAUUGUAAGAUCGUGGGAGAAUGAGAGGG